UAUAUAGGUUAGGUUCUUUCUUGUUUAUCCAUGUUGAUUUUCCACACGUGCGUCAACGUGCGUGAAACUUGCAAUACGAUUGUACAAAUAAUAGUUUUUUUUUUUGAGUAAUUCUACUGAAAAAUGGACGUAGAAGAAUACGCAGAUCCGAGGAAUUCGGACGAAGAUGACGAGGAAGAAAAUAAUAUCAUUAAAGAGAAUAAAAAGAAGGCCGGUAAGAAAUCGAAUAAGUCUGGUGGCUUUCAAUCUAUGGGUCUGAGCCAAUCCGUCAUAAGAGGCAUUUUAAAACGCGGAUAUAAAAUACCAACACCUAUUCAGAGAAAGACAAUUCCAAUAGCUCUUGAUGGAAGAGAUGUUGUUGCUAUGGCUCGCACGGGAAGUGGUAAAACUGCUUGCUUCUUGAUACCGAUGUUUGAGAAAUUGAAAACAAGACAAGCCAAAACUGGUGCGCGUGCUUUGAUUCUUUCACCGACCAGAGAAUUAGCACUUCAAACACAGAGAUUCAUAAAGGAAAUAGGACGCUUUACGGGAUUGAAGUCAUCUGUCAUUUUGGGUGGAGAUAGUAUGGACAAUCAAUUUUCAGCUAUUCAUGGCAAUCCAGAUAUCAUAGUUGCAACUCCUGGUCGAUUUCUUCACAUAUGCAUUGAAAUGGAUAUGAAUUUGAAAAGUAUUGAGUUUGUAAUAUUUGACGAGGCUGACAGAUUAUUUGAGAUGGGAUUUGGUGAACAAAUUCAUGAGAUAGCUAAUAGAUUGCCAAAAAAUAGACAAACUCUUCUAUUCUCUGCAACAUUACCAAAAGUAUUGGUAGAAUUUGCAACUGCUGGUCUGAGAAAUCCAGUUCUUGUACGUCUUGAUGUUGAAAGCAAGUUGCCAGAUGAAUUGAAACUUUGCUUCAUAACUUGUAGGCCUGAAGAAAAGUUAGCUGUGCUAAUGUGUUUAUUGAAGCAGGUUAUAAAGCCUGGAGCUCAGACUGUGAUAUUUGCUGCUACUAUGCAUCAUGUUGAAUACAUUCAUCAGAUUUUAGAUCAAGCUGGAAUAUUAAACACAUUCAUAUACUCUAACUUGGAUCCAUCAGCACGUAAAAUAAAUGCUGCCAAGUUCCAAAACGGAAAAGUCAAAGUUCUUGUUGUAACGGACGUUGCUGCAAGAGGAAUCGACAUUCCACACUUGGACAAUGUCAUUAAUUUUAAUUUCCCAGCAAAGAGCAAAUUGUUUAUACAUAGAGUAGGUAGAUGUGCUCGAGCUGGAAGAAGUGGAACUGCAUACAACAUUGUUGCCCCAGAUGAAUAUGCUUAUCUUUUAGAUUUGCACUUGUUCCUAGGUCGUUCUUUCAAUAUAGUACCUGUAUCUGAGGCUAAAAACAUACCAGAAGGUUCAAUUGGAAAAAUGCCUCAAUCAAUGAUUGAAGAAGAGCUGUCAGAGUUAAUAGCAUGGCAUGAGAAUGUCACUGACAUUGCAAAUAUGCAAAAUGUGUGUAACAAUGCAUAUCAGCAAUACUGUAGAUCCAGGCCACCAGCAUCAGCUGAAAGCAACAAACGAAUUAAGGAACUUGAUAUUAACCGAGCUGGAAUAUUACCAGAAUUUCGAGAUGCUAAUGAUGAAGCAGCAAAUUUAUUAUCGAAAAUGAAAAGCUAUCGGCCACGCGGGACAAUAUUUGAAAUAGUUGCGAAACCAUCUUCAGUGGAUUAUAAAGUUAUGAAAGAAAAGAGAGCGUUCCACAAAGAGAAUAUUAUCAAUCAUUAUAAAAAAGUUGAAGAAAGAGAAAUACGGACUGCAGCGUGUGCAGCCGAGCCAUCAAAACUUCCAGCCAGCAGUGCAGAUGAAAUAAAUGCAGCAUUUAGUGAAGUCAUAGCACCGAAAAAAAGAAAAAUGGAUGAUUUGUAUAAAAACGAUAAGAAAAAGAAGCAAAAAGUACUCAAAGAUGACGAAUUUUAUAUACCAUAUGCAGCUGUGGAUUCACAUACUGAAGCAGGAUUGGCUGUAAAUACUUUCGCAACGGAAGCAGAAAAAGCUCAAAUAGAAUUUACUGCGGACAAUGAAGAAUCGAGACGACAACAAACUCAAAUAAAAAAAUGGGAUAGAAAGAAGAAGAAGAUGGUCACAGUUAAUAACAAUUCGAAAACAGGAAAAAUCCGUACAGAAUCGGGUGUUUGGAUUCCCGCAACAUACAAAACGAAACGAUAUUCGCAAUGGAAGGAGAAAAAUAAAGUCGACGCCAGUCGGCAGGACGACGAUGACGAUGAAGAAAUAUCUCCUCAAAUACAAAAACUGCAAACGUCAGCGAACACACACUGGGCGAGGCACAACCAGAAGCUACAGCAGAAGCUCAAAGCCAAGAACGAGCUCAAGAGGCCAGAGCAGAUACUGAAGGCCCGCGAGAUCCUCGAAAGGAAGAAACAAAGGAACGGGCGAAAGAAGAAGGGUGGUGGAGGCGGUGGUCGUGGCGGCAAGGGCAAGAAGGGCAGACGUUGAAUCUUUCGCUGGCCAACUUAGCCACACAUAUACUUUUAAUAUAUUGUACGAUACACAUAGGACGCGAAUGAUCAUGAUAUUUCGUUAUAAGAUAAUUUUCGUUACGGCGUUGUAAUAAAGAAAAUCAGUCGAGGUAAUUA